UCUUAUUGUGCACUAUAUGGAAUUCGAUGGUAAACAUUGGUGUGUGAUAUCUUGUGUACGUUUUCACGUUACGUUUUGAUUUUGUCAGACAAAUAAAGUUCUUAAAUAAUGGCAGGCCAGCAGCAUUCGUACCCAACAGGGUUUCAAAACGCACAGCAAGGAGCUAUGAGAAGUCAAUUUGGGACCGGUACACCAAUGGGUGGUCUGAUCGGUUCCCCACAGCAAGCAGGCCUGGUGAACCCAGCUGUGUACGGCGUGGGGCUGGCGGCAAACCCGCAGCAGAGCCUGGCCCAGCAGCAGCAGCAGCAGCAGCAGAUGCAGCAGAUGCAGAUGCAGCAGCAGCAGCAGCAGCAGCAGCAGGUGGCCGCGCAGCAGGCGGGGCAGAACGGCCAGGCGGGCGUGCCGCAGCCGGGGGCCGCCCAGCCGCCGCACGCCACUCAGUCCAAGGAGUUCAACACUGCAUCGCUCUGCCGCUUCGGCCAGGAGACGGUGCAGGACAUCGUGGCCAGGACCGGCGAGGUGUUCGCCGUCUUGAAAACCCUGCAGCCCCCAAAUGGCACGGUCCCUGGUGCGAACACCAGCACCGAGAAGAAGGCUAAGAUACAGGACCACCUGAAGAACUUACGUAUUCUCUUCAAGAGGUUGAGGCUCAUCUACGACAAGUGUAACGAGAACUGCCAAGGAAUGGAGUACACUCAUAUUGAGAGCCUCAUCCCCUUGAAGGAGGAAUGGGACAUGAAGUCUGACGAGAAGAAGAUGUCUGAGUCGUACCGGCUGGCCUGUGAGGAGAACAAGGAAGUCAUGGAUCAAGUUGUUGUGAAGAAUAAACAUUUGAAGGAGAUCAUUGACCACCUGCGAAGAAUGAUUUGGGAGAUAAAUACAAUGUUAACCAUGAGGAGAUCCUGAAAUUUACUUACUUUGUUUUUUGUACAUAUAUUUGAAGCUAUUUUAAGCUUCUUACUAUUUAUGUUAAUAAUUUUGUAAAUAAAUUGAUAAAAAAAAU